AUGUCCGCGAGGAGGCUGUACAAUGCUACUCUUAUGGGAGCUCUGGCACUGUUAGUGCACUUAUGCAUGGUUGAUUUGGCCAUUUGUUCCUCGAACUUCACAGACCAAUUAGCUCUCCUCAGCUUCAAAUCAUCCAUCAAAAAUGAUCCCAACAAUGUGUUGAGUAACUGGACGAAAGAAACCAAUUUUUGUGGCUGGGCGGGGGUCUUAUGCAGCCGACGUAGGCAAAGAGUCACAAGCUUGAAGCUUCGCAACAUGGGUCUCGAAGGCACCAUAUCUCCUCAUGUCGGUAAUCUUUCUUUCCUUCAACUACUCGAUCUUAGCAACAAUAGCUUCUACGGUCAUCUGACAAAUGAAAUAGGCCAUUUGCGUCGCCUAAAAACCCUUUAUUUAUUUCGUAAUAUGUUAGAAGGAAACAUCCCAUUGGGUUUACACCACUGUCAAAGGCUUGAAGUGAUAUCUCUUGCUGGUAAUAAAUUUAGUGGUAGAAUUCCGAAAGAAUUGAGCACCAUGCCCUCUCUACGCUUCCUUGCUCUCGGACGAAACAAACUUAUAGGUACUAUUCCACCUUCCUUUGGCAACAUUUCAAGCUUAGAAGUGCUUGGGCUAGAAAUGAAUCACAUUUAUGGAAACGUUCCAACUGAAUUGGCACAACUUCCAAAUUUGAAUCUAAUUGACCUUGCAGUCAAUUAUCUCACAGGUCCAAUACCUCCUGCAAUUUUUAACAAGACUUCAAUGGUUCAAAUUGGCUUGAAUUUUAAUGCCUUUCCUGGAAACCUUCCAACAAAUAAUGGCAUUUUCCUUCCUAACACUACAGGAAAAAUGGUCUACAGCAACCAUAGGUUGCAUCCAGAAUAUUAUAAUAUUGAAUUCCUCUUUUUGGAUCACAAUCAACUAACUGGAAACAUCCCUUCAUCUCUCUCCAAUUCUUCUAAGCUCGCUGUGCUAUUUCUAGGUGCCAACUUGUUUACUGGACCAGUACCAAGACAUUUAGGCGAUCUAAAGCACCUAGAACAUUUGGUUUUAACUCGAAAUCAACUGACAAAUGAACCAGGAAGUAUUGAACUUAGUUUUCUCACAGAUUUGACAAAUUGUACUUCCUUGGUGGUGUUGUCAAUGAAACAAAAUAAAUUGAGUGGCACCCUACCCAAUUCUGUUGGAAAUCUUUCAAACUCUUUGAAAAUGCUUUCUGUUUCUGAAAAUCAACUAAUUGGUACAAUUCCUAAAGAGAUUGGUUCUUUGAGGAAUUUGACUCUACUUUCAUUGGCUGCCAAUAAUCUGAAUGGAAACAUCCCCUCAACUCUUGGAGAAAUUAAAAGCUUGCAAAGGUUGUAUCUUGGCGGAAACAACUUUCAUGGAUCAAUUCCAAAUGAGAUUUGCCUUUUGAGCAACUUAGGGGAACUUUAUGCAGAGCAAAAUAAGUUAUCUGGAUCAAUCCCAAGUUGCAUUGAAAAUCUUAGAGGUUUGCAGGUGAUGAAGCUUUGUCAAAAUAAAUUGACCUUUAUACCGUCGAGUUUAUGGAACCUUGAAACUUUAAGGCUCUUGAAUCUUUCGUUCAAUUCAUUAGGUGGAAGCCUAGAUCCAAACAUAAGGCCAUCGAGAGUGUUGGAAAUCAUGGAUUUAUCUUGGAAUCAAAUCUCAGGAAGCAUUUCGAGAGUUAUUGGGUCAUUUCAAAGCCUAACUUCUUUGAACCUGUCUAGGAAUUCAUUCUCGGGACCCAUUCCCAACACAAUGGGUAAUUUGAUAACAUUGGAUUUCUUGGAUCUUUCACACAACAAUCUAUCUGGACAGAUACCUAAGUCUCUUGAGGCACUUUCACAUAUCCAAUACAUGAAUUUCUCUUGCAAUAAGUUGGUUGGGGAGAUUCCAAAUGAAGGGCCGUUCAUGAACCUCACAUCACGGUCUUUCAUGGAGAAUGAAGCACUUUGUGGGAAUCCUAUUUUGAAAGUGCCACCAUGUGCAAGCAAUAGUUCUGAGAAGUCGAUGAUUAAAAUUAAUCUUCGAUACAUUCUUCCUAUCAUUGUAUUGAUGCUAAUCUUUUCUAUUGGUGUGUAUAUUGUGAAAAGAAAUCAUGGAAACAAUGUCCAAAGUCAAAAUCUGAUAGAUUUAUAUGCAACAACGGAACACAUAAUGAUUUCAUAUCUAGAGCUUCAACGAGCCACAGAUGGCUUCUGCGAAGCCAACUUGCUUGGAGUAGGAAGCUAUGGCUCGGUAUACAAAGGUGCACUUUCAGAUGGGACAAUUGUCGCUGUUAAGGUUUUAAAUUUGCAACUUGAAGGAGCUUUCAGAAGUUUUGAUGUAGAAUGUAAAGUGUUGAGAACAACUCGACAUAGAAAUCUCGUUGGAGUUAUAACGACAUGCUCUAAUCCUGAGCUAAGAGCAUUGGUUUUGCAAUAUAUGUCUAAUGGAAGCCUUGAAAUGUGGUUGUAUUCUCAAAACUCCUGCCUUAAUCUCCUUCAAAGAAUUGGCAUCAUGAUUGAUGUAGCAUUAGCUCUGGAAUAUCUCCAUUAUGGUCAAUUAGAGCCUGUGGUUCAUUGUGAUUUGAAGCCAAGCAAUGUCCUUCUAGAUGAAGACAUGGUUGCACAUGUUGCUGACUUCGGCAUUGCAAAAAUUUUAGCUGAAAACAAGACUGCAACACAAACCAGGACUUUAGGUACCAUCGGCUAUAUUGCUCCAGAAUAUGGCUCCGAAGGACGAGUCUCAACAAAUGGUGAUAUAUAUAGCUAUGGUGUGAUGCUUUUGGAAACAUUCACAAGAAAGAAACCCACAGAUGAAAUGUUCUCUGCAGAGAUCAAUUUAAGGCAAUGGGUGAGCACAUCACUUCCCAACAAAAUUAUGGAAAUAGUGGACGAUGGUUUAUUGAGGAUGCAAAAUGGCAGUGACGUGGUUACCUCAGAAAGCAUUCUUCUUGCUAUUUUAGAGUUGGGAUUAGAGUGCACCAGUGAUAUACCUACAGAGAGGAGUGACAUUAAAAAGGUUCUUGUCAAGCUGAACAAGAUCAGAAAGCAACUCCUUCACAUCCAAAGUAUUUGACAUGUUGAUGCAGAGUGUUUGGUCAUAGAGUUUUCUAGAACUCAUGGAUAAACAUAGCAAAGGCAAAAGGCACUAGUAGAUGUGAGUUAGUACUUGCUCGGAAUGAUGUGGAAUUUAGUCGAAACACUGAAAAUGACGUCACAAUCAAUAUCCAUAUAUUUGCCAUGGCGUACAACGGAUUUCGGUCAAAUUCUAAUAUUUGGGUCUCCAAUUUCACGACUUGUUUUUAAAAAUAAUUGAUUCGUUAAUUCCUUGGUGUAAAUGAAUCCGUUCGAGGUUAGGUUUUUCCCAAAAUGUUUUAUUCUAGUUUAGAUUUGAGAUUAACUCAAAUUUUCUAUUUUUGGUAAUUUUCAUAUAUCUUUGAUUUAGGCUUCAUUAGUGAGUAUUACCUUAGCUUAUCUCCUAUUGUAUUGGGGCUUCUUCCCUAUAAAUAAUGAUAGUGAGUCUUAGGGCAGGGCAUCUUAUUUUGAGAUAAAUAAUAUAUUUCA